AUGGUCGUGGACAAGGCCCUCCGUGUUGUGCGCGCAUUGCGGAACAUAAUGCGCAACCAUAGUGGCCCUCAGGUGAAGAAACGGAAGUUGCUCGCUGGGGUGGCCGCAUCCAUAAUUCGUUAUGGUGCACCCAUCUGGGCGGAAGCUACGGAUCGACAGUGGUGCAGACGAAUUUUGAAUCGCGUACAGCGUCCCCUGGCACAGGGCAUUGUGAGCGCCUUCCACUCUACCAGCUGCGAGGCAGCUGCAGUUUUAUCCGGGGAACUGCCGUACCGUCUCCUGAUUGGUGAGGACGCCCGCUGUUAUCGCCGACAGCAAGAAGAUCCGGAGGCCAGCAAAGCAGCUGUCCGUCGCGAAGAGCACGAGGAAUCGCUCCGACAGUGGCAACAACAGUGGAACGAUGCGGCUGCAUCGUCGACGGCGAGUCGCUACAUACGCUGGACCCACCGCAUGAUACCAGAAGUGCGCUUGUGGACGGGACGGAGGCAUGGUGAGAUGGAUUUUUUCCUCUCCCAGGCACUUAGUGGACAUGCUUUCGUCCAUGAGUUUCUCAAUGUGUGCGAAUUUGCUCCGUCCCCGGAUUGUCCCAGGUGUGCAGGGUCGGUGGAAUCGGUGGCCCACGUAUUGUUCGUGUGCCCACGCUUUGCAGACGUUCGCGCAGAGUUGCUGCAACGUGGGACGGAUGACGACGUUGAUGAAGACAACCUCGGCAGGCGACUGCUCGAGAGUGCGGAGACAUGGAACCGCGUGCAGCAGGCAUCGAAACGGAUAUUCUCCGUUCUGCAGGAAGACUGGCGGGAGGAAUCGCGUGCUCUGGCAGCCUCCAGAACCACGCAGGCCGGUUCUUCGCAAGACCCGCCCAUGGACUCGACGGAAGCAGAACAGAUACUGCAGCGAAGGCGUGAGGCGCGCAAUCGAGACGCUCGUAGUCGGCGACAGCUUCGCAGAAUGGAGCGGCUCGGCGACGUCCAGUUAGCGCCGGCACUGCUGGCACGCACUACGGCUAGUGAAACGGUACAACGGUCGGAAGAGGUUGCAGUAGAGGAGGCAGGUUCUUCAGUGCCAGCGAUUCUCCAGCAGAGCAGAGGCUUGCUUCCUUCGCUGACCACCACAGACGCGCGGGGUUUGCUGCCGAACCUAAAUCAGCAACGGUACAGCGAGAGAGUUCGAGCCGGGACAUUGGCUCCUCUUCCGGGGGUAAGACGGCGCCGUGGAAGGCAACCGGCUUCAGCCAUUGAGCUGGAGCAGCAGAGACAGCGACGCCAAGAGAACGAGAGGGCGCGUAGGCUGCGCCACAGGCAGGCUCGCGACAUGGAGAUCGAGGCUCAACCUCCCCCAUUGAAUGAGCUGCCUGGCUCGGGAUCACCCGAACGGACGCCGGUUCUGAGUACAGCUGAAGAGGCGGCGGUUACGGAAGAGGCGACAUCAGGGCGCUAA